AAAAAAAAAAAGCAAAAAGACUCAUCUUCUUCACCUACAGAGAAUCUAGGGUUCCAGAUUUACUCCUCAUCUUCCUUCUCCUCUCUUCUAUCCACUCAAAUACCUCUCCUUCUCCUUCUUCCUUUUCUCAUCGAUCUACAUACCCUAAAGAUCUUCACAACCCUUGAAUCUCUGUAACCGAGACAAACAAAAAACCUAACUUUAUUCCGCCUUAGCAUUAACCCUAGCUAGCUUCCAUGGCGAAAACUCGACCUGGUGUCCCCUCAAAGACCAAACCUGGGAGGAAGGAGCUCGACAUGUAUACCAUUAAAGGCACCAACAAAGUUGUGAGAGCUGGAGACUAUGUGUUGAUGCGCCCAUCUGAUGCUGGUAAGCCACCAUACGUGGCUCGUGUUGAGAAAAUCGAAGCGGAUGCCAGGAACAAUGUGAAGGUGCACUGUCGGUGGUAUUACCGCCCUGAGGAGUCCCUUGGUGGGAGGAGACAGUUCCAUGGAGCUAAAGAGCUUUUCUUGUCUGACCAUUUUGAUGUUCAAAGCGCACACACCAUUGAGGGAAAAUGCAUUGUUCACACCUUCAAAAGCUACACUAGGCUUGAAAACGUUGGGGCGGAGGAUUAUUAUUGUAGGUUCGAGUACAAGGCUGCUACUGGCGCGUUUACCCCUGACCGAGUUGCUGUGUACUGCAAAUGUGAAAUGCCUUAUAAUCCAGACGAUCUCAUGGUGCAGUGUGAAGGCUGCAAAGACUGGUAUCAUCCAGCAUGUGUUGGCAUGACGAUUGAAGAAGCAAAGCUGCUUGAUCACUUCGCAUGUGCUGAAUGCAGUUCUGAUGACGAUGUCAAGAAAUCACAGAACGGGUUUACUGCAUCUCCAGCUGAUGAUGUCAAGGUGGAAGCAAAGCGCAGGAAAAGAUAA